ACAGUUCGUUCAGUUAGUCAGUUUUGCUUUUGUCAUUUUCAUUUUGUUUGCUUGCUUUGGUUCUGUUGAUUACGGACGGUGUAUAAGGAAAAGAAAGUUCAUAACUAGAUUUUGUGCCGGUAAACAAUUAAUUUAAGGCAUGGAGCUGGUGACGUUCGCAAAAGAGCUGUUCCAGAAUGCAGCAGAGCAAUUGGCGAGCUACAGAAUAGGACAGACUGUCCUAAGGCAGUUGGACAGAGCGCUAUGGGUGGUUGAGAAGUGUGCUAGGUGGGCUGUGCCGCCACCGUUGGAUCAAGACGACCGGCCACAGCCUGAGCUGAUCCGGCCACUGCCCUGGGUGUUCUUCCUAAUGCUCCUCGUCAUGUUGCGCGUCACGAGAGAGUCCAUAUCGCUCCUCAACCUGAUCAUGGGCAAACCGCCGCUGAGGUCUGCUGAUGUGGUAAUGUACAUCCAAGGGAAACGGCGCUACCUGCGCACGCUCAAGUACCAGGGCAACCGCAUCAUGCGCGCGCGCACGAGCGCCGCGCAGCCGCACGACAGCUGGAUGUCCAAGAUACAGUCCCUGUUCGAGGUCACCAUGUGCUUCAGGGGCCGCCAGUCGCAGUACGGGAACAAUAAUACCAGCACAAACAAUGAGGAAUUACUGGUUGUGAAGAGAAGCAAGCGUGCUCGUGAACCUUCGACGCCGGCCUCUCCCGGCGAGACCAGUAUGGAGCGACUCAUCGAGAAGAUGAUGGUCGACCUCGACGCCGAAUCUGAUGAGGACUCCAGCUACACGCUAACAAACGCAACAACCGUCCGCAGCGAUCGCUCGGACUCUGCGGAGUCGGACCAAGACGCGGCAUUCUUCAACGAGACCUCCGACACUCACGAGGAGGCCUCCCCCAUCAAAACUGACGCCUCCUCCGCAAAAUCUGAAUACGACACGCCAACAAAAAAUAAUACACCCGAACCUAAAUCCAAUUCGUCCCCUAAAACUUCCACACCAGAAAAGGAAAUCGAAAAAGUAACGUUGAAAAAACAAGAAUUUUCUUCGCCGAAAACCGAAUCCCAAAUGUUUUUGGACAGUGAGAAAUGUUCGCCGACGAACAGUAGGACGUCGCCGAAGAGUGAGCAGAAAAUCGCCAACGGGCGAACGGUGAGUGCCCACAACAAAAAAAGAGGGAAUCACGUUGAGAGGCGAGAUGCCGACGCGCCUGUAACGAAGAGAGCGGACAUUUCGUCCUAAAAGAGGAAAGAAUCUCAGUGCAGUCGUACCAACUGUAGAAAUGAUAAGAAAGUGCCUCUGGAUUUUUAUUUUAUUCAUUGAUUACUCAUAAACUCAUUUUUCAUAGAAUUUGUGUAUGUGUUAUGUUUGUAUGUUGAGAAUUCGUUAUGCCGUCCGCAACACCUACUUUUUGUCACGAAAUAGGUAGGGUACAGAAUAAAAAAAAAUACUUCCUGUUUCAUCUAAUUGUCUAGUCUUUUCAAAAUAUCGUAAGUAACAAUAACUUGUACAAUUUUAAUUGAAAAAAAUAACGCUUCCUCUAUGUACUGACUUCUAAAAGUAUAUUAUGCAAUUUUGUAUCUCUAUUUUUACUUCAAUGUGGUCGCCUUUCGAGUCUCCCAAAACCAUCCAAGUAUGAAGCGUUAGAUGAUACAAAGACCUAAAUAACAUAACCUGGUAAUCAAUAUUAUUGUUGUUGUUCUAAUCACAAACUAAGACUAUCGUUCUGCACCCAUUUAUUUUGAGACGCAUCUCCAAAGGACAAUUUUAAUUACAAGUUUAAGGCUAGGUUAAGAAAGACGUUAUUUAAAUAUUUAUUAUCACGCAAUCAUGUUAUCAGUAAUAUACUCAAAAUUUACUAAAAUCGGCGCGGUUGUGUGAACUUAGCCUUAAACUGUUAGUAAACCACUAGAAUUGCAUACUAUUAUGUAAAUUACUGUAAUCUGUUAAGUAAUUUAAAAAGAAUAGCGUGCUUAUUCUAGUGUAUAACCAGUAAUGUUAACUUUUACGUGAAUAAGACUGCAGUUUGAAUAUUUAUUGUAAGUAUAGUAUGUUGUUGCGCGUUAUAAGAUCAUUAUAGGUGGCUCCUACGUAUAAUGUUGUAAGGAAAAGCUAACGAUAUUAUAAUGUUGGGAUGUUGCAAGAAUUCUAAAAAAAAUACUGUUCUAAAAAUCAUCCGACUUUUUUUUACAACUUACAACAUUAUUAAAAGGAACUACCGAAGUAAGGAACAUUUUGUACACAUUUAUAUUAUUAUACGUUUUGAAUCAUUAAUGAUCUGUAUGUUCUUGACAUAAGUUUAAAGUUUCCUAUAAGUACAGUUUGUCAAUGUCUUUUUCUUCUAUGUUUGUCAUUCCCAUGUCAUUGUAAAUGAAUGCGUAGUGAACGUCUGUUUUUAUAGGUACUUUAUAUACGUUGUAAUAUUGCCUGAGAUCACAAUGUCAAUGAAUUUUGCAAUGAUUAUUGUAACAAUACAGUUAAGCCGUCUCGUCUAAUAAUUUCAAAAUUAGCUUAUGUAUAUAACUACUACCAAAUUGCUGUAUUCCAGCUAUGAGGGAGACACUAUCGUGGCUUAUUUUAAAAAUAAUUUGAAAAUUUCUAAAGUCCAAAUUAAGCUACACGAACAGAAAUCUUUGUUGCAAACUAGUCUAGAAAUAUCAAGGACAUUAAUUUUAUUGGAAUAUUUUCUAAUAAGUGAGGCUGAAAUAUCAUUAGAAUAAUCAUGUCAUGGAGUGUCUGCAGUUUAAAGGUUUUUUUUUUUU